AUGUCUGAAGAAAACGACAACAUGGCUUCGAUGAACAACGAAAAAGACAAUUUGGUGUCGGAAGAGCAAGAAGUGACACAAGAAACCGCUGGGAACAAAAAGGAAAACCAAGACGCUUCUCGCAACCAAAUCGUUGAGAAAAUGCUCGAAGAGGUUUUGGAAAAGCAGAAAAAUUUCGAACGAAUCCAUGAAAAUAUGCUCAAAGAGGUUGUAGAGAAGCAGACAAUUUUUGAAACUUCCUUAGUCGAUGAGCUCCGUUCCGUCAAAAACGAGCUUCAAUUGAUUCGAGACGAUUUGAAACCAAAAACAGUGACAGCAUCAGUUCCGGUAAAAAGGGAUAUUGAGAAUACAACUUAUUCGGACUCUAAAAAUGAGAGUGCUACCAUGCCGACUACUGGAAAAUACUUCGUUUUAAAGCAUGCUUUCAAGAAUGUCUCAAGUUUGAAGGAAAAUGUAGAUCAGUGGUCAGAACCGGAAGAGCACUUUGGUUUUAAAUGCAACAGAUCUACCACGUCGGGAUGGUCACGAUUUAUCGAAUGGAGUGUAUUGAAAAAAGACUUUCUUGUGGACGGCAAGCUGACAGCUGAAGUUCACAUCAAAGUCGGGAAAACAUCUGGUGUUUACAAAGAAAAUCUGAGAAGUGUCGACAAGACAAUGGAAGAAUUCUCAGAUGCUGUACUAGUUGUCAAUGAAGAGAAAUUCAACGUUUCAAAGUUGAAGUACAUCGAAGUUCUUUAUGGAGAAAGUGCAAUUGGCGAAUUCACAGUAGAAGGUAUUCUUAUGGUGGCUGACAUGUACGAUACUCCAUUAGUCAUUCGAAAGUGCGAGGAGUUUUUACUCGAAAAAUCAAAGAAAACAUUGAAGAAAAAAUUGCAAAUGUCCAUGAAAUACCAUCUGGAAGCAUUGAAUAAACAAUGCCGCAAGGAGAUCAAAUCUGUUGCUGACAUCAAAUCAGUUCUCCCAGGAGAUAUUCGUGAUUUGGAUCCAUCAAUUACCACGGAGUUUUUGGAAAUUGCCCUCUCUAUUCAAUAA